UAUCUUCCAUCCACUGCAUACUACAGAAUUACCUACUUUUGGUAUCUACAGAGGACAUUUGGGGCUUUCCAAUGAUACCAAAUGUGAAGGGGUGGGGCUUUGGGAACUUUAGUUUUUUCAUCAAGGAUCAUGGUGGCCAUCACUGCAAGCACAUUUUAUGGGAAGAAGAAAAAAAGGGAGUCUUUUUCUGAAGCAGAAAGAAUUUUAUUACGAAUUGUUGAGGGAAACUCAGAUCUUGAGUUGUCUGAUGAAGAAGAUCAAGAUGCAUUGUUUGAGCCAGAAGCAGAGGAAGAUGAUUCAGGGAGCUCUGAGGAUGAAAUCCAGGCAGGGCAAGCAGAUACCGAGGAGUCAGAUCAAGCUGAACAGUGCAGUCGGCGUCCACUGUGGAGCAGGAAUUCAAAGUACACCUUGAGUUUAUAUUUUAAAACAAUAGCAAAUUUUAUUUAACAAUUGAAACUCAUUUAAGUGUUUUCUUCCCUUUUUCAAGAUUCAAAUUCCAAGUUGAUGAUCCUGCCAUUGUUGAGAACAAUGAUGCCAUGACACGCGAAAACUGGGCCCCAAUGGAUUACUUCAAGCAGUACAUCGAUGACUCAGUGUUUGAAAGAAUGGCCUUGUGCACAAAUCAGCGUGCAAUCCUUGAGUCUGGAGCAACACUAAAUACCACUCCUGAAGAACUGAAGACAUUCUUUGGGAUUUCCAUUUACAUGGGUUGUCUAGGAUAUCCAAACAUUCAAAUGUAUUGGGCCUCAAACACCAGAGUUCAAGUUGUGGCAGAAUCCAUGACUAGAAAUCGUUUCUACAGAAAUUCCAUCAAGAUCAUCAAUGACCUUGAUGUUUCAGAUGAUGAAAAAAGAAGUGAUCUCUUGUGGAAAAUCAGGCCCCUUUUGGCCAAAGUGAGGCAAGGAUGUCUGAGUCUACCUAGGACAGAAAAAUUGUGCAUUGACGAGCAAAUGAUCCCAUUUACUGGUCGCUGCCCUGUGCGCCAGUACGUACCAGGCAAGCCAUAUCCAACUGGAUUGAAGGUGUUUGUCUUAGCCGCACCAACUGGUUUGGUCUUAGACUUUGUGGUCUACCAAGGCAAGACUACCUUCGGGGAUACAGGAGGAAUGGGUAUUGGAGAGAAAGCUGUUCUUCAUUUGGCAGAGUCUGUUCCCCAAGGAAGCCACCUGUUCUUUGACAGGUUCUUCACAACUAUCAAACUCCUUGACACCCUAAAGAUGAAAGGGCUGACUGGAACUGGAACCCUCAUGAGUAACAGGAUUCCAAAGGAGUGCAAGAUCAUAGGAGAUAAGCCCUUCAAGAAGAAAGAAAGAGGGGCAUCAGAGAUGGUAGUCAGACGAAGUCCUCCUGAACUUGCUGUCAUUAAGUGGUUGGACAACAAGCCAGUUGUCAUGGCAUCCUCUGCCUAUGGCAUUGAACCUCAGGACACACGCACAAGAUGGUCCAAGAAAGACAAACGAUUUGUCCAGGUGCCAAGGCCACUGAUAAUUGCUGAGUACAAUACCAACAUGGGUGGCGUGGACCUUGUUGACCGAAUGUUGAGUUUCUACAGGAUGGCCUCUCGUACUCGGAAAUGGACGGUACGUGCAGUUCUCCACUUUUUUGAUCUGGCAAUCACCAACUCGUGGCUUCAGUAUAGGAGUGACUUGCAGUUUCGGGGAAAGAAACCACUGAAGCUCCUUGACUUCAAGCUGCUGCUUGGUGAAGAGUUGAUUACUCAGGCUCAAGGAGGAAGUGCAAAUGACAGUGUAGAUGACUAUACUCCCCCACGCCAAAAGUGGAAACCUCAGCCAAAUGAAGCUCUGAGACACUAUGGUGCCAUCCAUCUUCCAGAGAUGGUGGAUGAAACACAUGCAUCAAGAUGUCGCAGAUCCAACUGCACGAGCAGAACAUACGUGAUGUGCACAAAGUGCAAGGUAUUCCUCUGUGUUUCCAAGAAGGGGAAUUGCUUUUUGAAGUAUCACUCCAAAUAAA